AUGCCGAAACGCCAUCGUGAUAGCAAGAAUUACGUUCUUAAGGAAGAUGAAGAGCAAUUUAUCUUUGAUUUUUAUCCGGAGGAUGGGGAGGCGACGGGGGAGUUUGGUUUGGUUGUUAAGAAAGCGAGGGUGGGUGGUUUAGGGGGUGCUGUGGAAGAGGGAGGUAGGGAGGUGGGGGAGGGACGUAUAGAGGUGGAGGCAGUUGGAGGAAUGGGACAGGGAGUUGGAGGGAUGGUGGAAGUCGAACAGGAGGUCGAGAAAGAAAGAUUUAUACCAGGCAGUCUAGCGGAUCACUGGAAUCGAUUUGAAGACUGGCGUAGAAGGUCUGCUGACGUAGGCUUGGAGCGAGCUACAGCGGAAGAGCGUGUCAAUUGUUCUACGCAACAUCCUCAAGCGGUUGGUGAAAGUAUCUCAUCGGUUUUCACAGAUGCCUAUGAUCAAGCAGGAAGUGUUGUAACCGCUCAAUCGACGCAAAGUGAUGCAGUUGGCUCUUGCCUCACGCCUGCUCGACAUGACUUGUCGGUCGCUCUUGCCGAAUUGGACGACAAUCUGGUUGAGGACCAUCCAAAGUUCUCGAGACAGCCUAGGGACGACGAUGAUGAUGUUGAUUCAGACAAAAUAUUUCUACCACAGCUGAGAAACAGUAUCAUGGCUCCGGACGAAAGUAUCUCUACAAUCGACCAUGUCAAAUCUUCCACAAAAGCUCGGGAUGAGCGACGAAAGCUUCCUCUACCUCAACCCAUUGAAGUUGAUACAGCUGAAGAGUAUCUCUUAUCAGCUGUAAAUGCCUAUGCGAAAAGCACGACCUCUUCCAUAUCAGACCCGACAAGUGACAGUACACCCGAAGAUCACCUUAUCUCCUCGAUUCAAGCCCACGCCAAAGCCAGCAAACCGACCCUACCAGUCCUCUCAAUGCCCGAGAGUCACUCUACCCCAUCCACAACAGUUCCACGCACUAUCUCUUGCCCGCCUCCUCCCCUCCCCAUCCAUCACACCUUUUCAUCUACGACACCCACGUCUCUACUACCCCCCUCACCACUUCCUCCCCUCAAACGCCGCGAAGACUUCUCUAACGACGACGAAUGGGAGGAAUACCUCAGACAACGACGUAUAUUCGUAUCCCUUUCCAUCGACCAAAGAUACAGGGAUUUGAAUUUGGAGACUUUGGUGCGGAUGCAAAGGGAACGGCGAGCGAGGAUGACGGGUGAGGAGAGGGAAAGAGAGAAUGAAAGAAUGAGGGAGGAGGAGAGGAGAACAAGGGACAUCGAGAGGAUACUGGAGAGAAGGGCGAGGAUGACGGCUGAGGACAGGGAAAGAAAGGCGACGAUGACGGCUGAGGAGUGGCUGAGGGAAGAGGUCAGGAGGAUGGAGGACUAUGAGAGGGUGAAGGAAAAAAGGGCGAGGAUGACGGCUGAGGAGAGGGAGGCGGUGAAUGAAAAGAGGAGGGAAGAUUGGAGGCUGGCGACGGACGAGGAAAGAGAACGGGUGAGCGAGAGGAAGAAGAGCAGACGCAGAGAUAUGACGGUUGAGGAGAGGAGGCUGGAGAAUGAGAGGCAGAGGGUAUAUAGGGCGGGGCAGAGGGAACAGAGGAGAGUACGGAGGGCGGAGGCGAGGGAGAGGAAGGAGGGUAAGAUGGGGUGA